CAUUAUCACGCUCUCUCUGUCCUUUUGUAAUGGGCAGAUCAUUGGUUUCAAUAUUCCAAAUUCCACACUAAAAAACCGUACAUCUUUUUAACAUCGGAAAAACAAAUCAUAAUACCACACCACCCAUUCCAAUCCCUCUUAUAAAUACCACACCCUAGAAUCUUCCAAUACCUUAUUUUUUACUCUCUUCACUUUCUCCUUCUUCUGAAACCGAACCAUGAAAAUGGAAACAGAGCCUCUUCAUCACCAAUUUUCAUCCCCAAGUUUCAGCAGUUACUCUUCCGACUCUUUGGCUCAAACAGCCACCAGAGUCAUCCACACCGACGACUCUUCCCAACAAAACCACAAUAUCAACACUGUCAACGAUGAUUUCGAAUUCGACUUCACUUUCCUUUCCACUGACUCUGUUUCCUCUGUCCCCGCCGACGACAUUUUCCACAACGGUCAGAUCACACCGACAUAUCCACUCUUCGACCAAUCUUUGCUCAACGGCGUCGUUUCACGUUCUCAUGAUCUCCCUGAAACUGCACCUCGCCGUCGUCGUUUACCCCUGAAGAAACUAAUGGAAGACGAAGGCGAAGGAAAAGAGCUUGACGGUGUGGCAGCGGGGACGUACUGCGUGUGGACCCCACCUUGCAAAAAGAGCAGCUCCACCGGGUCGGAGGCGAAGCGGUGGAAGUUCCGGGAUUUGUUACUCAGGAGCCAUAGCGAUGGGAAGAAGGACUCGCUUUUGUUUUUUACAUCAGGCGGUAAGAAGAACUCCGCCGUUCAUGAUGUCGCCGGCGCGGCCAAGGACGGGUUCCGAUCGAAGAGGAAGUUAGGAAUUAGUUGGAUUAUUCAGUAGUGAACUGUGUGGGUAUUGCAAAUUAAUUUUUGGUAAAAAAAAAGGAUUAAACGUAAAUCACAAGUUAUUACUCCUACCUUUUUAUUUUGGAAUACACAUUAUUAUCCUUAAUUGAAUUCUGGUGUUUUUCUUAUGGUGUAAUUAACGUUUAAAUUUAUCUUUAAUUUGGUUAUUGAUGGAUAGAAUAAUAUAAUUGUUGUAUGUGUCAUGGGAUUAGUUAAGAUUUGGGAUAUCUUUUUCUUGGUUAGAGCUAAAGUGUGGUUAUAUUACAUGGGUGCCUUUUUGUUUAGGUUUAAUUUUGUGGCUAAUAUGUUUGUUGAUAAAGUUGGAAUUGAAUUUUGAAAUUUGGAAGUAGUAAGUGAAAAGAGGAUGAUAACAUGUUGCGCCUGCAUGGUAUCGUAAUACAAUGACGGAGAUAAGUUGGCAAGGAAUGUUCCGAAUAAAAAUGGUGUGGGUCUCACGCGGUAUUGACUUGGUUGAGACUUGAGACGGUGAUGUUUAUGAAUUACUUAAAUAAUGGUUUAAAGCAAGUUGUUCUAGACUUGAAGCAUGGAUUGAAUUAGAUUAGAGUACAAAUAUGUAAUUUGGCUUCUCUUGAAUUUG